AUGCUCGCCACUGCCCUGGCUCCACUCGCGAGCGUCAACGCGCGCCUCGCUCAGCCCGUCCACCCGACUCUGUACCCCUUCCCGCUGGCCACGACACUGCACGCCCUGCGCGUCGCCAUCGCAUACCGCGGUAUCUGCGCCGGUUUCCGCGCGCGACGACGUGCUGAAGGCAAACAUUCGCCCGCCGACCUGCACGUCUCGCUCUUGCGUGAUGCAGCGGGCUUCCUCGUCAUGGCGUGGGGCGGCGGGUUUAUCGCCAACUACGUGCUCUGCCAGAUUCCGGGGCAGCUGCUCACCGUCUGGCCGUGGAUCAACUAUCUCUCCGUCUAUCUGCUGACGAGUGCGGCCAUUUCUGUGGCGGGUCCACCGUCUGCAAAGCUGCUCGAUCUGGCGCUGCCCGUGCUCGACGGUGCGACCCGCUCGGCCGCGACGUACGGAGGGAUCAACAUGGUGCUCAACCACGCCAACCCGGCAGCUAGAUCGAGUCUGCUGUUGCAGGUCGUGAUCGGAACCAUCUCGGCGUGCGGUGGCGGAAUCAGCGCCUUCACCCUCAACGUCUUCGACCCGCUCGGCUGGAGCUUCGGCACGCCUUCCUUCCUCAAGGCGAAACGCCUGGUGGAAUUCACGGACAUCCUCGCUCCCGCGCUGGCCAGCGCCGUGUUUGGCGUGCUGACCCUCAGCCACCCCGGCUACGGCUCCGUGUUGACGUAUGUGGGUGAGAAGCCGAGGGGUUUGCUGAGCCAGGAGGGUGGCAAGGCGGUGAUCUCGCUGGUGAUUGGAACGUGUUUCUUCCUCAGGGCGAUCUGGCUGCAUGUUCUGGCGCCUGCCGGGGCUGCACCGGCACCGCGGCCGAUUGCGGGAAACAAGGCGACCCGCGGUGCCGCUAGCAAGAAGGCCUAG